UCGUGGUCGUUCACUUCUCGGCUUUCCCCAGUUAAUUUCUCUCCAAAAAGUGACAAAACAGAUAAAGAUUUUGUAAUGCCAGCUCAAGAAGAAGCUAAGAGUUGUGAAGAGUUUCUAACCGGAACGCAAUUUGCAGAAAAACACGAGUUCCAUGACAAAAAAGGCCGGCAACUGACGGUCACUCCACUCAUCGUCGAUUUCCGUCGACUUCUCACAAGUUCAUCGUCCUCCAUCUGUGUCAUUCCAGGGGUUUCCAAUACAGAUCUUCUCCAUGCCGUGAUAGGGCUUUAUGAUGUUUCCUUGUCGGAAAUGACCCCUGACGUUCUCUAUGCGACAGUCUGUGAGAAGUGGGCAAGAACCCUUCUUUUGAUUAGGGAUGUUAGAGAUGUGCUAGAUGAGUUUGAAGAGAAAAGAAACAUAAAGAAGGAAUCGGAAGAUGCUAGUGAUGAGAUGAAAAGCCUGACAAUCAAUGAUGACGAAAAUUCAAAAACUGACAAAUCUGAAUCUCCUACUGCUGAACUAACCUCCGAGCCAAAACCGUCCAAUGAUAGUGAACAGAAAUCUUUUAUGGCAGAACCGUCCAAAACCGAAACAACUGGUGCUGCAAUUGAAUCGGGUGAUGCGUCCAAGUUAGAUGGUGCUGUGGAGAAUGGGAAAGAGGAUGGGGAAGAGGAGGAAGAGGAAGACAUUUACUCGCCAGAGGAAUGCGGCCCUUGUACAUUUGCUGCAGUUUAUAGUGAUACGGAGACAGAAGAUGAGGAUGAAGAAGAGGAAGAAGAAGAAGAAGAGGACUUUUCUAAGGGCAUGAACGCUUUCAUCAAAGCUGUGGAAGAAAGACGAAAAGAACGACAAUCACACACUGGUCCAUAUAAAGUCGAACAUGUGGGCAUUGAAAAUCGGCUGGUUGGAUGUGCAACCAUGGAGAAAAAGUAUUGUAAAAACUAUAAAGUCGUACACCUGACGUUAAUAGUGGUCAGGAAGAGAUUCCGGAAAUGGGGAAUAGGAAAAUAUCUACUACAUCAAAUCAAAGAUCCAAUGGUAGUGGGUGCAUAUGAUGCCGUCGUAGUCCAUGCGGACAAUUCUGCAACCGAGUUCUUUGGUCGUUAUAACUUCUCAGACGACAUCAUUCUAAACAGCAGAUGGAGUGAUCUGGCAGAACAAUUUACAAAUUGCACUUUGAUGUGCUACCUUCCACCUUUUACAGGUCAAGGAGUUCUGGGUAACAUGACAGCUGCCAUUGACCUGGUGUCAAUGGAAGAGGAGCUCAAGAAAUGGAAAGAAAAAAGUGUUGAAGCCUACCAGGCCCAGAUAACAUGUGCCACGAGAUUACGCAAUGAAAUUAUACAACUACGUGCAGUGGUGAACUCGCAACAAGGUCUAAUUGGUAAACUAGCUGCUGAUAACGAUUCGUUAACAAGAGAUAAGUUCCACAUAGAGAAGGAAUACUUGACGUAUAGAUUUGAGGUGGCCAAAUCACUUCUCGACUCAGAUGUAGACAUUGUUAGUCGGCAAAGACUUUUGUCGCUUCCUGUUCUGCCUGAAGUGAACGGUGAAGAUGACGAUGACCCUGAAACCACCAAGAAGUUAAUCAAGGAUCUAGAGAAAGAAGUCGAAGCCGGCAAAGAACGCAAGGAGCAGAAGAAGAAGGGAGAUAAGAAGAAAAAGAGCAUUGACGCUUCAGCCAUGAAUGUCAUAGACCGGACGCGGUAUAUGGUUUAUUCAAAUGAGAAUAAAGAGCCGUAUGACCAUAUGAAGGAUACGCAGGACUUCUACAGAGUGACAGAGGAAUUCAAGUCAACUAUGAGGAAAGACAAAACGGUGCAGGGAAAUUAUGAAGUCAAGUUGGUUAUAAGGGCAACACUGAAUGUCAGUGUGAUAGAGCGUUACCAAAUGAGGACAUCCAAACUCCACGACCCCAAGGCGAAGAUGCGGUUGUAUUUUUGUGGGUCACUAGAGCAUCCGGAACGCUUACAGGACAUCAUCAAACAUGGAUUCUCAGAACGAGACUUUUCCAAUGGUGAAUUUGGAAGAGGGUUACACUUUUCAGUGUAUCCAUCAAAAGCAGCACAGUUUUCAGCGCUUGGGAAGCUUUUGACUGUUGAGGUAGCGGUUGGGAAAGUGGAAGCAAUCGAGAAGAAAGAUCACACACGGGUCUCACCGUCUUCAGGCUUUGAUUCAGUCAUAACUCCAGGCAGAUUGUCAUCAUCUUCAAAGGACGAUGCAGAAUUAAAGUCACUCAACAAAGAAUACAUCAUUUUCGAUGUGAGCCAAGUGUUACCUCUCCACCUUAUGGAAUAUAGCAAAACUACGUGACAUUGUUAAAGACAAGAUACUGAAUGAGUUGACUAGGGAUGUGGAAUGAAGAUGUUUAGAGUGACAUCGACCUGUUCAUUUGAUGUCGUCCUGAUGCCAAAUCAAGUUGCAUGAUCUCGUUAUGUAUUAUCCAAGGAAGCCUUGGAUGCUGUUGACUGUGAUGUGAAACUGUCCUGUUCUCAUAGGUUGGGCCCUAUUCUAUCUGGAGAAAACCAGCACAGUGAAAGUAGCCUACUUUUGGACACCUUGGCUAAGGGAACAUCUUUUUUUUUAAAUUAGAGUCACAUUUAUAGCUAUUGCUUUAAUACGGGGCUUAAGGGAUAAGGAUCACUCAAGAAAUUAUGGCAAGUGCAAACCUUAGCCAACUUUCAGUCACUAGAGUGUCUGGGGAGGAAUGGGGCCAAGUGUGAGCAGUUGUGAGCACUGUGAUAAACCCUUUCACUGGCAGUCAGACCUAUUAACAAGGUUAUUGUCAUUGAACAAGUGUAAUGUACAGAGAAUACUAGGGGAAAUUCCUGUUACCUCAGUUGCCAGAUACACCUGUGGGCGAGGGGGGGGGGGGGCGUCAAUCAUACAAAUGUCAGCCUCAGUAUUCUGCUCCUGAUUUACAUGUAGGUGAAGUAAUACCUUCUGGUUUAAAGUUUUAGCUGGUUGAGUGAGGAUGAGGAGGGAGACACUGCUUCAUCCAUGGGGGGGAGUCAAGAUGGUAUGAAAAAUUCUCUAAGUAUGAAAAUCUGCCAGCGAAAGGGUUAUUAGUCAGAUAUUUUAUCAAGAUCUGUUUGUAAUAGUGAAUCUGCUUGUUUGGUUUGUUACGAUAGUUACUUGUGAUCAUAGCUGUAGUAGCUGUUUUAUUUAUCAGUUUAGAAAUUUAUUCUAUCAUACCAACUAUUAAGUUGAAUAUUAUUACUAUAAUUAUCUAUAUUAUAAGUUGUUUUGCAAAAGAUUGUGUGUUUCUGAAGUUAAGGCUGGCACACUAUCAAAUCAGAACUCCAUAGUCAAAAGAUCUAUAGAUUUCAGAUUUGUUAGAGCAGUCAAUAUUAUGGACAGCCAACCUCACGAAUAUCGAACUUAAACUGGAUACUACCUUAUAAAGGACAGGUUUUCAAUGUCCUGGUCCCGUUGUAUUCUAGUAUUAUAUUAUACAGUAUUUGGGAAAAACAGAUUUCCUGUAUUUAACAGGAACAUAUUUUGGUCUAGUUGAGUUCAAUAUACAAGAGGUUGACUGUAAUGGAAUGUUUUUACUACUUAAAAAUAUAGUUUUUUGUUCCCGGGGCCAAAACAUUGGAAGUGCACAGUACGUACCGAUGUUAGACUAACUCUGGAUUUUCUGUUGGGUUGUUGACUGAAUGAUGAAUACGCUACAUGAAUCUUAGUGAGUGCUGCAAUUUGCGACAAAUGGUUUCAUUAGGUAAUCUACAAUAAAUGGUAUCCUUCCAUGUCGUUGUCGGUAUCUGUAUUGGAUGUCUUUUUCUGGUCAAUUACUCCUGACAUUCCAACGACCUUCCACUACUGGAUCAAAUUGAUGUUUUUGAAUAUGUACAGUGUAUGUUUGUUUAAUCAAAUAUUAGAAGCAUGUUUGUGUAAUCAAAUAUUAGCUUGCGAAAUAAAAUUUGUGCAGUAUAA